UGACUUGACAAAUUUACGCGUGCUUCCUGGUUGAAUUACUGCAAGCUGAGGUGCAGUGUAGCUUUAUGAGAGUCGUUUCUGCCUCUCGAACUUCGGGAGUCACCGUUGUUCUACCUGUUUCAGACUUUUGUGAUUACGGCCACUGAAAGUGCGUCUGAAGGAUUUCUGAAAAACUUCGGGAAUGGAUUUAUACUUAAAUCGAAGACAAGCGAAGUGCAUUCAGCCACAAUAUCAGGAAGAGAGUUAAGACAAGUGUCCGGAGCACGUCAGAAGAAAUUGGCAUAUAUGCAUCAAGACAUGCAGAGAUCAUCUCUUUCAUGACCACGGUGUUAGUCUAAUACUGCGAAAAUGUCUGAUUCGGUAUCGAGUUUUUUGCACAUAGGAGACAUCGUAUCCCUCUAUGCAGAAGGGACUGUUAAUGGUUUUAUAAGCACUUUGGGAUUGGUAGAUGACCGCUGUGUUGUAGAACCUGUAGCGGGAGACCUGGAUAACCCACCAAAGAAAUUUAGAGACUGUCUCUUUAAGGUUUGUCCUAUGAACCGCUAUUCAGCCCAGAAACAAUUCUGGAAAGCCAAGCAGGCCAAACACGAGAGAGACAAAAUUGCAGAUAUGGUGCUCCUCCAGAAACUGCAGCAUGCCUCCAAUUUGGAACAGAAGCAGAAUGAGGCAGAGAACAGGAAGGUCCAUGGCGAUGUAGUUAAGUACGGCAGUGUCAUUCAGCUCCUGCACAUGAAGAGCAACAAGUACCUGACUGUGAAUAAGCGCCUUCCUGCCUUGCUGGAGAAAAACGCUAUGAGGGUCACUCUGGACAGUACAGGCAACGAGGGAUCCUGGCUCUUCAUCCAGCCCUUCUGGAAGCUCAGGGCCAAUGGAGACAAUGUGGUGGUUGGUGACAAAGUCAUCCUUAACCCUGUAAAUGCAGGACAGCCUCUACACGCCAGCAACUAUGAGCUCCCUGACCAUCCUGGUUGCAAAGAGGUCAACUCUGUGAAUGGCAACACUAGCUGGAAGAUCAACCUGUUCAUGAUGUUCAGUGACCACAAAGAUGAAGUUCUUAAAGGAGGUGAUGUAGUACGACUUUUCCAUGCGGAACAAGAGAAGUUUUUGACCUGUGACGAGUACAAGUCCAAACUGCACGUUUUCCUGCGUACCACGCUGCGCCAGUCUGCUACCUCUGCCACAAGCUCGAAUGCUUUGUGGGAAGUGGAGGUGGUACAUCAUGAUCCUUGUAGAGGAGGAGCAGGCCACUGGAACAGUCUGUACCGCUUCAAACAUCUGGCAACAGGCAACUACCUUGCAGCAGAGGAGAACCCUGGUUACAGAGGGGAAAACAAUGAGUUACAACCACAGACGGACAAUAGCCGCAGUGGUAAGAGGACCCUGGGCGAGAAGAUUAAGUACAAGCUAGUGGCGGUGCCGCAUGGGAAUGACAUCGCCUCUCUUUUUGAGCUGGACCCCACCACUCUGCAGAAGACAGACUCAUUUGUGCCAAGAAACUCUUAUGUGCGUUUCCGUCACCUGUGCACAAACACAUGGAUCCAGAGCACUAACGUGCCUAUUGACAUUGAUGAAGAGAGGCCCAUUCGCUUAAUGCUGGGCACUUGCCCCACCAAAGAGGACAAAGAGGCAUUUGCCAUCGUCUCUGUGCCCGUCAUGGAGAUCCGAGACCUGGACUUCGCUAACGAUGCCAGCUUAAUGUUGAGCACUGUGGUGGAUAAGUUCAUCACAGGUUUCAUCAGUCCGAAUGACAGGAGGUUUGUCAUUAAGCUACUGGAAGACAUGGUGUUCUUUGUGGUGGACCAGAUGAACAGCGGGCAACCCGUGCUGGAGGUGUUAAUGGCCAAACCGAACCGAGAGAGACAGAAACUCAUGCGGGAGCAGAACAUUCUCAAACAGAUAUUCGGGAUCAUUAAGGCUCCGUUUAAAGAGCGAGGAGGUGAUGGACCUCUACUGCAUCUAGAGGAGCUGUCGGAUCAGAAGAACGCCCCGUACCAGUACAUGCUCCGCCUUUGCUACAGGGUAUUGCGUCACUCCCAGGAGGACUACCGCAAGAACCAGGAGUAUAUAGCUAAGCAGUUCGGGGUGAUGCAGUCUCAGAUUGGCUAUGAUAUUCUGGCUGAGGACACAAUCACUGCUCUGCUGCACAACAACCGUAAGCUGCUGGAGAAGCACAUCACUAAGACCGAGGUAGAGACCUUCGUGAGCCUGGUGCGCAGGAACAGGGAGCCAAGGUUUCUGGACUACUUGUCAGACCUGUGUGUAUCGAAUAAUGUGGCCAUCCCAGUAACUCAGGAACUGAUUUGCAAGUGUGUGCUGGACCCUAAAAAUCAGGAUAUUCUCAUCAAAACGGAACGACGCAGCCCCAAGGAGAAUCAUCACAGUUCUGAGUAUAUGGAGGAGUAUGGAGAAGAAGAUGAGGUCUGGCUAAUAUGGACUGAUAAAGCCAAUGAGAGUCAAGAGAAGAGUAUACGGCAGCUUGCCCAAGAAGCCAGACAAGGCAACACUCAUGAUGAGAAUGUGCUGACAUACUACAGGUACCAGCUAAAACUCUACGCACGUAUGUGUUUGGACCGCCAGUAUCUUGCUAUAGAUGAGAUUUCCAAGCAGCUGGAUGUGGAGCUGAUCUUCCUCUGCAUGAUGGAUGAGACUCUUCCCUAUGACCUGCGGGCCUCUUUCUGCAGACUCAUGCUGCAUGCCCAUGUGGACCGUGACCCUCAGGAACUUGUGACGCCUGUCAAGUUUGCUCGCCUCUGGACCGAGAUCCCCACAGCCAUCACUAUCAAAGAUUAUGAUUCUCAUAUGGACUACUCGAGGGACAACAAGAAGAACAGGUUUGCCAACACCAUGGGUUUCAUGGAAGAAUAUCUCAACAAUGUUCUUAACGAUGACUUGCCUUUCGCUGAUGAGGAGAAAAACAAACUGACCUAUGAGGUGGUGAGCCUGGCUAGGCAUCUGAUCUACUUUGGGUUCUAUAGCUUCUUUGAGCUGUUGCGACUUACACGCACUCUUCUCGGGAUCAUCGACUGCAUUCCCACGCCAAACAUGGUCAAUCCCAUGUUCCAUGAGGAUGGCGGCAGCAAGAACAUUCGACGCUCCAUCCAUGGAGUGGGCCAUAUGAUGUCCACCAUGGUGCUGAGCAGGAAGCAGUCCAUUCUAGCUGGCCCAGGUCGUCCCAUCGUUGGCUUGAAUGGGCAGACCCGCACUAAGGACAGCAUAGACAACCAGGACAUCACAGUCAUGGACACCAAACUGAAGAUCCUGGAGAUCUUGCAAUUUAUCCUCAAUGUGCGGCUGGACUACCGGCUCUCCUUCCUGCUCUCUGUCUUCAAAAAGGAGUUUGUAGAGGUGUAUCCAAUGGCAGAUGCAGACGCAACGUCAGCAGUGGAGCAGGCAGCAACCCUCAACCUACAGCGCAUCGGAGAACAGGCAGAGGCCAUGUUUGGUGUUGGGAAGGGGAAUAGUAUUCUGGAGGUGGAUGAUGAGGGAGGCCGGAUGUUCCUGCGUGUGCUCAUCCAUCUCAUCAUGCAUGACUACCCUCCACUGGUGUCCGGAGCACUGCAGCUCCUCUUCAAACACUUCAGCCAGAGGCAGGAGGUCCUCCACACUUUCAAGCAGGUCCAGCUCCUGAUUUCUGAGCAGGAUGUGGACAACUACAAGCUCAUUAAAAGUGACCUGGACCUCCUGCGUACCAUGGUGGAGAAGUCUGAGCUCUGGGUGGAGAAGAAAGGCAGCUCAGGUGGAGAGGCGAAUAAAGAUAAGGGAGAGGCUGUCUCUGGGGGAGCUGUCUCUGAGAAGGAAAAGCUUGAAAAGAGCAAUGAAAACUACCAAAAAGUCAGAGAGAUUCUGGAGCGUUUGAGUAAGAUGUGCGGCUCUGGGGUGUUCAAGAAGCAACAGAGACUUCUGAAGAACAUGGGCGCUCAUAAAGUCAUGCUGGACCUGCUGCAGGUCUCCUAUGAUCGAAAUGACAAGAAAAUGCAGGAGAUCAUUAAGUUCACCCACCUUUUCCUGCAGAAGUUCUGUACUGGAAACCAGGAAAACCAAGCUUUGCUCCACAAACACCUUAACCUCUUUCUUACCCCUGGAGUCCUAGAAGCAGAGACAGUACAGUAUAUCUUCAGUAAUAACUAUGUGCUGUGUGCGGAUAUCAGUGAGACAGUCCUACAUCACUUCAUCCACUGCCUGGCCACCCAUGGUCGCCACGUCCAGUACCUCAACUUCCUGCACACCAUCAUCAAAGCUGAGGGGAAGUAUGUGAAGAAAUGCCAGGAUAUGAUCAUGACCGAGCUUACAAACGCAGGUGAAGAUGUCGUGGUGUUCUACAAUGACAAAACAUCCUUCGCCACUAUGCUGGAGCUAAUGGCUGAGUCUAGGGAGGGUGUGCAGGAGAGCAGUCCUCUCCGCUACCACAUCUCUCUGGUGGAGCUACUGGCGGCGUGCGCCGAGGGCAAAAAUGUCUACACGGAGAUCAAAUGCACUUCUCUGCUACCCCUAGAGGAUGUGGUUAGAGUGGUUACCCAUGAAGACUGCAUCACAGAGGUGAAAAUCGCCUAUGUGAAUUUUGUGAACCACUGCUACGUGGACACGGAGGUGGAGAUGAAGGAGAUCUAUACCAGCAACCACAUAUGGAACCUGUUUGAGAACUUCCUUGUAGACAUGGCCAGGGUGUGCUUUAACCGUGACAAGCGUGUGAUGGACCCAAUGCUGGAGAAGUAUGUCAUCCAUGUGGUGCUGGACACUAUAAAUGCCUUCUUCAGUUCACCUUUCUCUGAAAACAGCACCUCUCUACAGUCUCACCACACCAUAGUCACUCGGCUGCUGCAGUCGAGCAUGCGUCUGUUGGACUCUCCAUGGCUUCAACAGCAGCAGAAGGGCCUGGUGGAUGGCUGCAUACGAACUCUGGCCAUGACUGUUAAGAGCCGUUCCAUCUCGCUGCCAGUGGAGCUAGAGGCCCAUGUUAACGUCAUGCUGAGCAAUAGUUCACUGAACACCUUGACACGCUCCAACCCCAGCUUCAAGAGUGCCACUCGCUCCACACGUUCAACUGCCCCCAACAACCCCUGGGAUUACAAAAACAUCAUUGAGAAGCUACAGGACAUCAUCAACACCCUGGAGGAACGGCUGAAGCCACUGGUGAGCGCCGAGCUCUCCGUGCUGGUGGAUGUGCUGCACCAACCGGAGCUGCUCUUCCUGGAGGGCACCGAUGCUCGCGUACGCUGCGAGUCUGGGGGCUUUAUCUCCAAGCUAAUACAGCACACCAAAGCUCUGAUGAAGUCAGAGGAGAAACUCUGCAUCAAGGUCCUCCGAACCCUUCAAGAGAUGCUGAUCCGCACUCUGGACUUUGAUGAGAGGGUGGCUGGCUUGAGAAAGUUGUUGCUGCAGAAUUACCUGUUUAACCACAAAAAGGGUAUAAAAACCGAUCUGGCUGAACUUGGAGCAGGAGGUGGAGAGGCAGAGAGAGACUGGGCUGCUGUGGCAGCAAUACAGUGUCGUCUAGACAGAGAAGGUUCCACAAAGCUGUUCACAGACCUCAUUAUGAGCACCAAAAAUGAUAAGAUCUUCCAAGAGAGCAUUCAGCUAGCCAUCUGUCUGCUAGAGGGAGGCAACACUGAGAUACAGAACUCAUUUUACAAACUGAUGAUGGGUGACAACAAGUCAGAGAAGUUCUUUAAAGUCCUAAAUGAUAGGAUGAAAACUGCACAAAUUGAUGUGAAAGCUACUGUUUCAGUCAGCGUGGGUGAAAUGAGUCAUAAGGCCAAAACUGAGAAAGAUCUGCACCCAGCUGGACCCCAGCCACUGGUGUUUCACUCAAGUGGUGUGCCCUCAUUUGGACAUAAGGCCUCCCCUGCACUGGGCCAUUCCCUGGCUCAUCCUCUCCAUGUUGAGCAGCAGGAGAUGCAGACAGAGAUGGGCCCCUCUGUCACCAUCAUGAAGCCCAUUCUGCGCUUCCUCCAGUUGCUGUGUGAGAACCACAACCAAGACCUGCAGAAUUUCCUCCGCUGUCAGAACAACAAGACAAACUAUAACCUGGUGUCCGAGACACUGCAGUUCCUGGACAUUAUGUGUGGGAGUACAACUGGUGGCCUGGGCCUUCUGGGUCUCUACAUCAACGAGUGUAAUGUGGGCCUCAUCACCCAGACCCUGGAGACGCUCACAGAGUACUGUCAGGGCCCGUGUCACGAAAACCAGACAUGCAUCGUCACGCAUGAGUGCAACGGCAUUGACAUCAUCACUGCUCUGAUUCUGAAUGACAUCAGCCCUCUGUGUCGUUAUCGUAUGGAGAUGGUGCUCCAGCUCAAGGACAACGCCUCCAAGCUUCUUCUCGCCCUGAUGGAGAGUCGUCAUGAUAGCGAGAACGCAGAGAGGAUUCUGAUUAACCUACGACCUCGAGAACUGGUUGAGGUGAUAAAGAAGGCUUACCUGCAAGAGAAUGAGUGUGAGGAGGCAGAGGUAUCACCCAGAGAAGUCGGCCAUAAUAUCUACAUCCUGGCGCUACAGCUGGCACGACACAAUAAAAUUCUCCUUAAUUUGCUGAAACCACCGAAAAGAACCAAAGAGGAGGUAGACGAGGGCAUCUCCUCUAUGCUCAAUCUGAACAACAAGCAGUUCUCCCAGAUGUUGAAAUCCACUGCUCCUGCUGAAAUCCCAGAGGAGGACCCGCUGGAGUACUACGAGAAACACACCGCUCAAAUUGAAAUAGUCCGUGAGGACCGCAGCAUGGAGCAGAUCGUGUUCCCGGUUCACUCCAUCUGCGAGUUCCUCACAGAGGAGUCCAAGUUCCGGGUCUUCACCACCACAGAGCAGGAUGAGCAGGGCAGCAAGGUCACACACUUCUUCGACCAGACCUCCUUCCUGCACAACGAGAUGGAGUGGCAGAAGAAGCUACGCAGUAUGCCACUACUGUACUGGUUUUCCCGGAGAAUGACUUUAUGGGGAACCAUCUCAUUCAACCUGGCUGUCUUCAUCAACCUCAUCAUCGCCUUCUUCUACCCAUAUGAUUCUGGACAAAGUGCCAUUGAUGACUCACUACUGUACAUGCUCUUCUGGUGCUUCACUGGCCUGUCUGUCCUGGGCCUGUUCUCACAGCGCUACGGUCUGCAGCCCCUCACCAUCGCUAUCAUCCUCCGCCUCAUCUACCACUGCGGCAUUGGCCGCACUCUUAUCCUGCUCGGAACGCUCAACCUGAUCAAUAAGAUCGUCUACGUGGUGAGCUUCGUUGGGAACAAUGGCACGUUCAUCAUGGGUUACAAAGCCAUGGUGAUGGACAUGGAGUUUCUGUACCAUCUGGCCUACGUGUUAACCAGUACACUGGGCCUGUGUGCCCACGAGCUCUUCUAUAGCAUUCUGCUGUUUGACCUGAUCUAUCGUGAGGAAACGCUUUUCAACGUCAUCAAGAGCGUGACACGCAAUGGCCGCUCCAUCCUCCUGACUGCCGUGUUGGCCAUCAUCCUGGUCUACCUGUUCUCCAUCGUGGGCUUCCUCUGCCUCAGACAUGACUUCAUCAUGGAGGUGGACCAUCUCCAUGAGAGCAGCACAGCUCCUGACAGCUCGGUUGGUAGCUGCAGUGCAGAUGGAAUAGACUGCAAAAAUGAGACCAGUCUUCUACUGCCACCAGAGGAGAAGGAAGAAAACAUGGAACGAGCGUGCGAUACACUGCUGAUGUGCAUCGUCACCGUGCUGAACCAUGGACUGCGAAACGGAGGAGGAGUGGGAGAUGUUCUGCGCAGACCCUCGAAGAAUGAGGCCCUGUUUCCUGCACGGGUAGUGUACGACCUCCUCUUCUACUUCAUCGUCAUCAUUAUCGUACUGAACCUCAUCUUCGGCGUGAUCAUUGACACCUUUGCUGACCUGCGUAGUGAGAAGCAAAAGAAAGAGGAGGUCCUCAAGACCACCUGCUUUAUCUGUGGUCUUGAGAGGGACAAGUUUGACAAUAAGACGGUGUCCUUUGAAGAGCACGUUAAAUUGGAGCACAACAUCUGGAACUACCUGUACUUCAUUGUACUGGUGCGAGAGAAGAACAAGACAGACUACACUGGCCCAGAGAGCUACGUGGCCCAUAUGAUAAAAAACAAGAACCUGGAUUGGUUUCCACGCAUGCAGGCCAUGUCUCUGGUGGUUACCGAGGGCGAGGGGGAGCAGAAUGAGAUGAGGAACCUGCAGGACAGGCUCGCUAUCACCAUGAAAGUGGUCACUCAUCUCACUACUCAGCUAGCAGAACUGAAAGAGCAGAUGACGGAGCAGAGGAAGAGGAGGCAGAGGAUGGGCUUUGUGGAUGUCCAGGCGAGCUCUAACGCAUCCUCCUUGCCCCCCAGUGCAGCCGGGGGAAACCACCAGAUCUACAAGUCUUAGCACACAUCCACACGAUAGACAAGCGCACCCCUAAUUCUGUCCUCCUUAGGAAAUGUCAGGCUGCUACACUGACUUAAAGAUGUAUGGAUAUUGCAAUUGCAGUUGGUGUACUGGACAACACACAGAUGGUUCACUAGUCAAAACCAUUUUUAGAUUACUGGCACUGAAUAAAACAAUGUUAGUCAUGACUUGCUUUUAGAGUUUUAUGCUAAAGUAAAAUAAUUUGGCAUAUGGGAUUACAUAUGAAAUUUUUUUGUUGGUGUUUUGUUUUGUUUUGUUUUGUUUUGUUUUUUUUUACCUUUUUUUUUCUUUUAUAAAGGGGAGCAUGCUUUUUAAGAUAUCAACAGAAACCUGUGGAUAUGUUCACUAUUCGUGAUGAUAAAAGCUAAAGUGAAUAAUCACAUGACAACAGUCAUAUGAAGUUGUGCUUCUUUUGAAAAUAAGGUAAUUUAUCUGUCUUAGGAACAAUCUUGAGAAGGGUGCCUGUGUUGUUAUGCUAAUUCAGUGCAUAAUGUACAUAUUGUCAAGUAUAACUAUUUAAUGAUUUAUUGAGAGAUGACUAAUAUCUUUUUUUCUUUAUUUCUGAAGAAAAACAGAAGUUUGAGAAUUUCAACACAUUCAGAAUGUAUUUACCUAAAGUGCCUUUCUAAAAAUGCAGGCAGUAUCUUGGGGUCUGUAAGCAUCUGUGCUGGUCAUCCAUUGUAAAGAUCUUCCCACUUACUGCAUUCAAUAAAACCACACUGGCACUACA